GCAAGGUUGGCCGGCUUCCUGACUUGCUCGUCUGUAGCGGUAUUUCCCUGUGCUGUCAGUGCCCGCUAGAGGCCUCUGGCUUCGGUCCGCAGUACAGGCCGAUCGUCACGUCCUGCAGUGCACGAUGGCCCACCGCCGAGGACAGUUGUGGGCUCUCUCGCUGCUGCUCGCUGUCUUUUCAUCUAUAGCAGAAAAUCCGGUGGCCAGAGUAAAAAGACAAAACUGUGGAGCACUGAACUUCCAGUGUCAGAAUGGAGAAUGCAUAGAGCGCUUCAAAGUUUGUGAUGGAGCUACCGACUGUUCAGAUAAAUCUGAUGAAAAUCAAGUGACGUGCAAGACAAUUCGCUGUCCUGAAUUCUCAUUCCGAUGCAGUUAUGGUGGAUGCAUUGAUGAAUUUAAAAAAUGUGAUGGGCAACAGGACUGCGCAGAUAAUUCAGAUGAACUUUUAUUGGAAUGUCCAAACAUACCGAAGCCAACAAAUGGGACAUGUCAGAAAAGACAAUUUCACUGUAAUUCUGGUGAAUGUAUUGAUGACGCUUCUCGCUGUGAUGGCACUAAGGACUGCAAGGAUGGAUCUGAUGAAACAUUGAUUCAGUGUUCAGCCAUAAGUUGCACUGAUGCCUUCUUCCGCUGUGCAUAUGGUGCGUGUGUUGAUGAGAAUGCAGCUUGUGACGGUACCAUCCAGUGUGAAGGUGAUGGCUCAGAUGAAGCCCCUGAGCUCUGUGGGACAUCUCCAGCUCCAAAGUGCACACUUCCACUGAAGCAUGAAAAUGGUGGCUACAAAGUGGUUGGCUGCGAAUCUCAAUCUUGUGGCCUGGGACCUGGUGCGCAAGUACCUUUUGGCACACAGCUGGAGUUCUUCUGUGAUGAAGGAUAUCACAUAAGUGGGCUCAGUGCGUCCUAUUGCUUUGAUAAGACCUUCACUCCACCACCACCAGUUUGUGAGAAGACUCAAUGUCCUCCUCUGGUAUAUGAUUCACUUGACAUCAAGUGCUUCUCAAGCACUGGCCAGAAGAUUCCAUGUGAUAAACCCAUGUCUAUUGGCAGCAAAGCACAACUUGCAUGUAAAAAAAAUUAUGUUAAAACUGUGGAGUUCAACUAUCCUGCUCUCACGUGCACCAGUAAUGGUACAUGGGAUAACCAACCAUUCACUUGUGUUCCAGAAUGUGGAAAACCAAUUCCAAAAGGGCAAACAUAUGUCCUUAAUGGAAGGCCUGUAUUAGCUGGGGAGUUUCCAUGGCAUGUUGGUAUAUACUUACUUGAAAAUGGUAAAUUUGAACAAAAGUGUGGUGGAUCCAUCAUAAAAAGAAAGCUGGUUUUAACUGCUGCUCACUGUUUUGUAAAAUCAAAAGAUCCUAAAGAUUACAUGAUUGGAGCUGGCAAAUACCACAGAGGAUGGGAUGUACAGGAUGAAACAGAGCAACGAUUUGAAGUAGAAUCGAUUGAGGUAAUAGAUACAUAUGAAGCAGCUACACGAAAUUAUGCAGAUGACAUUGCUAUAAUAGUUUUGAAAAUUGAAAUAACAAUCUCUGAUUUUGUGAGACCAGUUUGUGUAGAUCUGGAAAGCAAAUAUGACAGGGAACAGCUGUCUUCUGGAAAUAGUGGCUCUGUUGCUGGCUGGGGUUACACUGAAAGUGGAGCACCAAGUGAGACUCUCCUAACAACCCAGUUGCCAUUUAUUGAGUUCAAGCAGUGUUACAAACUACUUCCUUUGUCAUUUAAACCUUACUUUACUCCAGACAAAUUCUGUGCAGGAUAUAUAAAUGGGUCUGCAGUUUGCCAAGGUGACAGUGGAGGUGGCUUGUCAUUUGAGCAGGAGGUAACAGCCUCAACAAAACAAUGGUUCAUUCAGGGAAUAGUGAGUCUGGGUGUUCCGUCAAGAGGAGGAAAAGUAUGUUCAAGUCAGAGGGCUCUUUUCACAAAAGUGAACAAUUUUUUGAACUGGAUCAAGAUAUACUAUGACCAAUAUUAAAACACAGUGACAUUGUAAAACAUGUGCCAUAAUUAAAUGUGGAAGAACUUUUAAUAUUCUGGAUUCCACUUAACAUAAAUAAGAUGAUGAUUUUUAUAUUUCACGGGGAGAGGUGCUUUUAGGAUACAGUAAACUGUCAUCCCCAAAAAGCCCAUCUUUUUCAGAAGAUUUUGUUAUACUUUCUUUUAAGUUAAAAAAGAAAUCUUAAAAUGUGACCUUAUUUAAAACAACUAUGAUUACCGAAACAUUAAGUGACAGUCAUCCAAUAGAAAAUAAGUUGAAGAGAUGUCAACCUUUUGGAGAUGGGAAACUUUCGUCUAUAUUUAAACACUAGGAGAAGAUACAUACAAAAUAAGUGGUAGCAGUAUUACAUAGAAGAAAAGUCUCUUCUGUCUUUGUAUGAUGUAAAUGUCACUAGAAUGUAAUUCAUGGCUGUGACAUAAUUUUAAGCAGUAUGCAUUUUACUUAUUUGAAAUGUAUUAAUUGAAAAACCUGUGUGUGUGUGUGUGUGUGUGUGUGUGUGUGUGUGUGUGUGUGUGUGUGUGUGUGUGUGUGCAGACAUGUGAAACUGUUACUUGGAGGAGGAUACCUAAUAUAAACUGAUUACAAGAUUCUAGCAUGCCAUAAAUUUCGUUGAUACUGGACCUGCUACAAAGUUGUUUCUGCUUGAUAACUUACAAGAUUUAAAAUACUAUUAGAUAAUUAUUGUCACUAUCUUUAAAGCUGGCACACUGAUGACAUAGUUUCAACACACCUGGAUAUUUGAGUAAAAUAGCUAGUUACUUCAGUUUAAUUGUCACCCUUUAUGUAUGACAUAUGCCUUUUUCUGAACUAUAUCGAAUAAAAUUGUCAUAAGUUAUGAACAGUUUGUGUUACAAUGUUCAAACUGCUUGGUUGGCCAUGGAACAUGAUGGGGAUUAGUAUAUGCAUGCGGUUCGGUUUAGCGACAAAGCCCACUUUCGUUUGGAUGGGUUCAUCAGUAAGUAAAAUUAGCCUAUUUGAGGGACUGAGAAUCCACAUUUUGCGAUUGGGAUUUCUCUUCAUCCUCAAUUGGUGACUGUGUGGUGUGCAACAUCAAGUCACAGAAUAAUUGGUGCGAUAUUCCUUGAUGUGAUAGUGAUUACUGAACAGUACAUGAAGGUUUUGGAAGAUGAUUUCGGUCCCAUUAUACAAAGUGACCUUGCUUUUGCCAAAAUGUGGUUUAUGCAAGAUGGAUCUUGACCCUAUUGAAGCAGGAGAGUGUUUCAUAGACCGGAGGAGCGCUUACAGAACCACAUUCUGGUUUUGUGGUACCCAGGGGCCACUGGAAUAGGCCUCAAUUGGCUGUCAUAUUCUCCAGCUCUGAACCCAGCCGACUCAUCUUUUGUGGGGGUACAUUAAAGACAAGAUGUACAGAAAUAAAUACAAAACUGUUGUUAAGCUGAAAACAGCUAUUCAGGCUGUCAUUGACAGCACUGAUGUUCUAACACUUCAGAGGGACAUGCAGAAUUUCGUUAUUUGUCUGUACUAUGUCAUCGUCAAUGAUGGCAGACAUAUCAAACAUGUCAUAACCUAAAUCUGAAUAUCUGUAGUGACGUUUACAUGUUGAAUAAACUGUGUGACUGCCAUA